AUGAAGGUAGAAACACUUACUCUUGUGUUAGUUAAUUUAGCAGGUAUUAUGGAAAAAGCAGAUGAGUCAUUGUUACCAGGAGUCUAUAAAGAAGUUGGAGAUGCACUCCACACGGACCCAACCGGUUUAGGUUCACUCACGCUCUUCCGGUCCAUGGUCCAGUCCGCGUGUUAUCCUAUCGCGGCUUAUCUAGCUGCACGCCACAAUCGGGCUCAUGUUAUUGCCUAUGGUGCAUUUCUAUGGGCUGCAGCUACAUUUCUCGUCGCUUUCUCCACUACCUUCUUUCAAUUGGCAGUGUCAAGAGCUUUGAAUGGGAUUGGAUUAGCCAUAGUUUCACCUGCUAUUCAAUCACUAGUAGCUGACUCUUGUGAUGAAAAUAACCGCGGAAUGGCAUUCGGAUGGCUGCAAUUCACUAGCAACAUUGGUUCACUUGUUGGUGGUUAUGUUUCCUUAUUGAUAGCUCCUAUAACAUUCAUGAGAAUUCCUGGCUGGAGACUUUCUUUCCAUCUUGUUGGUUUGAUCAGUGUGGUUGUUGGCAUUCUAGUUCGUUUAUUCGCGACUGAUCCUCAUUUCCCAGAUGAUAAUCUGAGAUCUAGUAGUAAAGUUCAUGGAAGUUCCUAUUCCUUUAUAUCAGAAGUUCAAGGUCUACUUGAAGAAGCAAAAUCAGUCGUAAAGAUACCGUCUUUUCAGAUUAUUGUAGCUCAAGGUGUUAUGGGAUCUUUCCCUUGGUCAGCUUUGUCAUUUGCUCCAAUGUGGUUAGAACUUACUGGAUUUACUCAUGUGGAGACUGCUAUUCUUCUUAGUUUGUUUGUGGUUGGUGAUUCCAUUGGGAGUUUGUUUGGAGGCAGGAUGGGAGACGUUUUAUCGCGGAGUUUACCUAAUAGUGGAAGGAUAAUUUUGGCACAAAUAAGCUCAGGAACAGCUAUUCCACUUGCAGCAAUUCUUCUGCUUGCUUUGCCUGAUGAUCCUUCAUCAAUUUUCAUGCAUGGUUUGGUCUUGUUUGUGUCUGGAUUUUUCAUAUCUUGGACUGCACCAGCUACAAACAAUCCAAUUUUUGCAGAGAUAGUACACGAGAAGGCGCGAACGAGUGUCUAUGCUCUGGACCGAUCUUUUGAAUCUGUAUUAUCAUCAUUUGCUCCUCCUGUUGUUGGUCUACUGGCACAGGAUGUUUAUGGUUAUAUGCCAGUAACUCAAGGUGCUGAUAGUAUUUCUACAGACAGAGAAAAUGCUACGUCUUUGGCGAAGGCAUUGUUUACUGCAAUAGGAACUCCAAUGGCACUAUGUUGUGUUAUUUACUCUUUUCUUUAUUGCACCUAUCCAAGGGAUAAGGAGAAGGCUCAAAUGGAAGCUCUGAUCGAAUCCGAGAUGCAACUCUUAAGCUUGGAUCCUUCAUCUCUUACCGGACAAUAUUCACUAGUCAAGUCAUCCGAAAACCAAGAGGGUUAUAACGAUGGAAAAAUCGUAGAGGAAAUGGACUACAAUGAGGAUGAACUUGAUUUUGAGGAUGGUGAUGACAAGACAUUAAUCUACCGUCGUCCAACGAGUUCCAAAUUUGCUGAAUAGGAGGUACUCAAAUGAGUAAUAGACUUGAUGCAACUGACAGAUAAGUUGACGUUAAUAGCAGGUCUAAUUCCGCGACAAUAGAACAUAGACUAGAAUGACAUUUCAAUUAACAUAUGGACAACCAGAAUGCAGGACA